AGGAUAAAUUCAUGCUCAGUCCGAAGAUGCAGAGAACCAUAAGAGUAAACGAUAAUCAACUCAUCAUGCUCUCCGAAAGAGCUCAUUAUGAUCACUCCCAAGCAGGAUAUUUACACAAAAGGUCUUCCGAUUGUAGUAAAUGGCAGCUGAGAUGGUUUGUUUUGUAUCAGAAUCUCCUCUUUUAUUAUGAUUCCGAGCAUUGCAACCGUCCUAGUGGCAUUCUCCUCUUGGAAGGCUGCUACUGCGAAAGGCUAAUUACAACAGGGACAGCUUCCAAAAUGAAGGAUAGCUCCGAAAGACAGUUUUGCUUUGCCAUCUCAUAUAGGCGAGACAAUAUCAGGCAAUAUGAACUUCGAGCCUUGAAUGAAAUGGAUUGCAAAAAUUGGAUCGAAGCCAUACGAGACGCGAGCUUCAACAAACUCCUAUUGCAAAAGGAAGAACUAGAACAGAAACAUCUCCACCUUCUUCAGAUAAUAGAAUCAGAGAAAACUGCCAAAUGGCAGUAUACUCUGCAAUGCGAAGACUUUGCCUCUGAAAUAAAGAAACUUCGUGCAGAGUUAUUCGCGCUGAAGAAAGAAUGGAAAGCAGUAACAAUCCACCAGUCAACAAGCAGUCUGAAGUCUACCCAAGAUACAUCCAGUUCAACAAUGUCCGGACAGUUCGCAAACCUGGACCACGAUUCAAUUGAAUUGCGUAAAAUCAAGAAAAUCCAGAGCUUCUUCCGUGGUUGGCUGUGCCGAAGGAGAUGGAAACAGAUAGUCGGACAGUACAUCAAAAGUCCUCAUGCCGAAAGUAUGCGAAAAAGAAACAUUCUGGUAUUCAGGAUGGUGGAGGCCGAAGAAGAGUAUAUGGAGCAGAUGGAAGUGUUGGUUGCUUGUUUCUUGCGUCCUUUCAAGAUGGCUGCAUCGUCUAAGAAGCCGCCUUGUCUACAUGAAGAUGUCAAUUCGAUUUUCUUGAACAGUGAAACCGUUCUUUUUCUACAUAAGAUUUUCCUGAAGGGAUUGACCUCGAGAUUGGAGAGCUGGCCCACCCUCGUUUUAGGGGAUCUGUUCUCCAUGUUGGUUCCAAUGCUGAGCAUAUACCAAGAAUAUGUUCGGAAUCACCACUACUCCCUUCAAGUGCUUACAGAAUGUAAGCAAUCCGCCAGUUUUACCGCCCUGCUGAGGAGAUUGGAAAGUAAGCCAGCUUGUCAUGGACGUUCCCUUGAAACAUUCCUCACAUAUCCAAUGCACCAGGUUCCACGAUAUAUCAUUACCCUUCACGAAUUGCUGGCGCACACGCCACACGAUCACGUGGAGAGAAAGAGUCUGCAGAAUGCCAGACAGCAAUUGGAGGACUUCUCCCGCCAGAUUCACGACGAGGUUUCAGAAACGGAAAAUUUGAGGAAGAAUCUGGCAGUUGAAAGAAUGAUUGUAGAAGGCUGCGAUAUUUUAUUAGAUGUAAAUCAGGUGCUUGUGAGACAAGGUUCGUUGAUACAAUUACCCGGUGAAAAAUCGAAAACGUCUAGAAGUAAGCUGAAUUUCAAAAGCGAAAGAGAAUACUUGAGGCAAUGUUUCCUCUUCUCUAAUCAUCUAAUUAUAGCAACAAGAACUUCAAAUGGUAAAUUACAUCUAGUACCAGAUAUCGGGAAGAUACCAUUGGCUGAUUCUUUACUGAUCGAAGAUCCUAGUGAAACUCAAGAAGAUGAGGCAUCCGUAUGCUCAGUUUCAAGUCGAUCCUCUAGUAUGAGUGAAACAUUUGGAGCAAAUCUACAGAACAGAGACUUCAAAAUAUUCGUAGAACAAAAAACGGGAAAUACGUCUCAACAGCUUGUGGCGCAUCUUCUGGCGUCGUCACAACAAGAAAAAGCCGCCUGGAUCUCGGACAUAAGUCAAUGUUUGAACAACGUUCAGUUCAAUGACAUAAUCAGACCAACAGCGUUAUCGGACAUCUCCUCGAUAUCGUUGCCUCAGUGUUUGAAAAACGAUCCAAAGUUAUUCAAAGAUGAGACCGAUAUUCGUUUCAGCAGAACGCUGAACUCUUGUAAAGUUCCGCAGAUAAAAUAUGCAACUCCUGAAAGGCUCCUGCAGCGCCUAACCGAUCUCCGUUUUCUAUCCAUCGACUUCUUGAAUACUUUUCUGUUAACUUACCGCGUUUUCACUGAUGGAGUCACCGUUUUGGAGGCUUUGAAGAGAGUGUUCUACAGUAACGAACCAGAACCUCAGGGUUCCGUUAUGUCUCUGGAGAAAGACGAUCAUACUCUACACUUGUUCGACGAUCGAAGAAGAAGUGGUGUCUCGCCUAGAAGAACAAGUGGGUCGAGCUCUGUAUCCGGUUACGGAUCAGAAAUGAGCGAGAGAGAUAGAUCGCUUAGCUACGACUCGCAGGGACACAGACACUGGAGGUCCACCUUGGCUAAAUACGAAGAAGAAAAAAUUCAAGAAACUCCCACCCAACCAAAAAUUACCAGGCAAUUAAGUCCAACCAAAUCUGCCCAGAAAACGAGUGAUAGACUGUCUCCUUCAUCGCAAAAAAUGGUAUCGAUAAGAGUGGAGAAAUCCAAGGAUACCGACACUCGUCAUCUGACCAUUCCCAGUAAAGUAGCUGCAUCAAGUAGCAGUGAUACUUUAACAGAGGCAACUGUUUUGAGUGCACCUUGUUCUCCCAGCAAUCUGAGUUCAGUUACUCUGGUUGCUUCAUCGCCGUCAGAUUCUAAUAAUGCCCAUGAAGUUGGCGGGAGUGUAUCACCUCGGUCACCAUCUCAUCCGAAAGAAACUCCAAUAGUCAAAGAACCGCCACCGGUUGUUAGAGAAAAAGCACCAAAAGGUGAUGUUCAGAGGAAAACCUCCGUUACCAAACAUGAAGGACCAGUUGAUAAAAGAUUGGAACGUUGUAUAUCUGAAGAUUCGGAAGGUGAGCCGAAAACGCAAAAAUAUUCGACUCUAUUUUAUAGUACGGUGCAUAGAGCGUCGACUAGUUCUUUUAGAUCUGCAAGUAAUUCCACUGCUACCAGUGCAGCCCUACACAGCUAUUAUGGUAUGAGGAGGUCAAUGCAAGAAGGAGAUGCAACAUCCACUACUCGUUCAAGCUUUCAACCAAGUAAGACUGGAGUUGUUAUCACAUCAUUCAGACAGUCUGAAAGAAGAAGCAGCACUUCAAGUGCUGCCGCGGCUUUCGCUAUAGCAGUUUCUGGAUCUAGCAAUCCUCGGGAUAUAUUUCCUGGCAAAGCGAAAGAACCAGUUCAUGAUGAAUUCGCAGAGAGGGCCCGCUACAAGGAAAAUAUUAUAUCAACUGCUUGCACCAUGAGAGUUCUCAAUGUUUUAAGGCACUGGAUUUUCAAGCAUCCCCAGGAUUUCGAGAAUGAUCAUCGAUUGAAGACUAUGACGAUAGAGUUUUUAGACGGUAUUAUAUACAGUCCCAAUUUACUUCCUGCUGAACACAAAUCUGCAGCCCAAUUAUUGAGACUCCUGAGCAAAGAGGAAGGUGAUGGCUCUAAAGUCGAUAUAAAAACCUUAUUAACAACGCUCUCUCAUCCAAGCAAGGAGAGUAUUGAAACCCUUUCUGCCCUACAAAUAGCAGAGCAACUGACUUACAUAGACCAUCAAAUAUUUAUAGCUAUUUCAAGCGAAGAGUUCCUCGGUCAAGCAUGGAUGAAAAAUGACAAGAAAAUUAAAGCUCCUCACAUAGUGAUGAUGACAAGAAGAUUCAAUGAUGUAUCAAGACUGGUAGCUUCAGAAAUUAUGAGGAGGAAUUCAAUAAGUACUAGAGUUACUGCUAUAGAGAAAUGGGCGGCUGUUGCCGACUUAUGUAGAUGUCUUCAUAAUUUCAAUGGCGUACUGCAGAUUUGCUCAGCCUUCACCAACAGUUCAGUUUGCAGGCUUAAAAAGACUUGGGAUAAAGUAUCGAAAACUACCAAACAGACGAUUGACAAACUACAGAAUAUAGUGUCACCUGAUGGCAGAUUCAGAUCACUGAGAGAUGCCCUACAUAGAUGCAACCCUCCUUGCAUCCCUUACCUUGGAAUGUAUCUCACAGACCUUUGCUUCAUUGAGGAGGGAACUCCAAAUUUCACAGCCGAGAACCUACUCAAUUUCUCUAAAAUGAGAAUGAUUGCUCAUGUCAUAAGAGAAAUAAGACACUUCCAAUUAACAUCUUACAAGAUCGAGUUGAUUAGAAAAGUAACAAAUUACCUGUUGGACACUUCAUUGCUGAUGGACGAUGAGAAAUUAUAUGGCAUAUCACUGGAGAUUGAACCAAGAACCUCUAGAUUGACUUCUUCAGGUCUGCACCAUCAGUUGUCGUUGUCAAAAUGUUAAACACAAAAAUUUUAAUUAUUUGUGUUAGACUUGAGUUUUAUAUUUUAAGAGUUGUUUGAGACUGACUAUUAGAUUUACUCUGUGAUUUCAGAUUGAUCUCAAUGAUGCAAUAAGCGUGAACCCCAAAUUAUUUUUAUAAGAUUAUUUAGUUGUUUAGAGGAGUAGUUUAGACAAAGAGUCAGAUAUUGCUCAGAUCGAUACUCGUUCGUGAGAUCCAAGAGAAUUGAAGUAAUUAGAGUAAAAAAUCAUUCAUUUGCCAUAGAAAGAAGUUUAGUUCAAGCAUUCCUUGAAGUACGUGAAAACUUUCGAAGAUAUAAUGUAUCUUGCAGCCAUUCAAUCUAUAUUGAUUAGAUUUCAUUGAAUAAAUUCUGGCCAAGGAAAAGUGACAAUCGGAUUUUCCAAGGAUCUGCUUCAUUUGGAUUCAAUCUCUAAAAACUUAUUAGAGCUAUCGAUUCAUUCUAAUGGAAAAAUGACAACUGAAGAAUCUAAUAUAUAAUAUUCAAGACAUUGCAAUCAUAAUCUGAAAUUUUCUGGAGAUAAUGUUUCACAAUUCCUGACAUUUUCAAUUCUUCCUUUGUGCACUAAUGUUUUCAUAGAUUUUGGCACAUAAUUUGAAUUAAAUUAAUGCACGAACAAUCUUUCAACCUACAGGGUGUCCAAACGAGAGACUUUAUUAAUAUCUUAUAUAUGUAUAUAAUAUAUAUGUGAAUUUUAUGAUAAUCAAGUACCUCGAGUCGCUAGAAUGACGUUAUAUUUACUGUUAGAUGAUAUUAGAUUAAU